UGCUUCUCACGGACCCGGCCAUCGGACCGCUGCCGUGAAACUUUUCGACUUGCGAUGAUCAUGAGGACGGAGUUCUUCUGAUUCAAGUAAGCUCUCUGAAAGCGCCAAAGCAUCUUGUGGUGUUGCUCCCGUCCGUAUCGUCUUGUCCGCGAGGUCCUCGCGGGGACGACUCCGAAGGCCUCCAGCCCCAACCUUCGCGCUGCUUGUAGAUGCCCUGAUCUGCGGUCGCUAUGAGGAAUAUGCUCUUCUGUUUCCCAUGAGCAAUCAAAAUGGGCCGUCGCAGCGUGUGGUGUUGCUGCCGUCCGUAUCAUCGUGUUGGCGGGGUCCUCGCGGGGACGAAACCAAAGGCCCCCAGCCCCAUCCCUCGUGCUGCUAUUGUAGAUACCCUCGUCUGCGAUCGCUAUGAGGACGAGACUCUUCUGUUUCACAUGAGCAAUCAGGAUGGGCCGCAGCAGCAUGUGGUGUCGCAACCGCGCUCGCCGUUGUGUAGGCGUCGCUGGUCCCUCUGCUGUCUUACCCUCGCGGACCCCCCCUAGAACAACAUUGAAAGAACAAAAAGAAACUGCUUGUUGGCUAGAC